ACACGCAGAGCCUGAAGAUACGUGGGUUUCAUGUGCUAUCCGCCGGUUGAUGUAUCAAACAGAUUCCUUUGAAAAAGCCCAGCAGAAGGCUAAAGAGGCUGAAGAGGAGUCGGAUCUACAAACAGAUGCAGAUGUAAGGCAGUCAUCAGUUUCUCAAAAAAGAAAACACAGGCCAAAUCCACGCUUCCUGGACUCAGACACAGAAGAUGAAGAGUCUCAAACGAGGGAUACAUGUACAAAGAGGCAGUUGGUAACACUAACAACCACCAAAGACUCGGACACCGUCAUGCCAUCUCCUCCCCCCAAAAUCUCCAUACCAGCAGGAACGAAAUGUGAUUCCCCUAUGUUGCUGGGGUCAAAAUCCGGGAUGUCAACACCAAAACAAAGUAAACGGCCAGGUCAAGAUGCAACCCCUUUGUUGCCCACAUCAAGCCCUCAACAGUCUGCCCACAUUUCUUCUGACAGACCACAGCCGAUAGUUACAGGAAGGGAUAUAUCUAUCCUGCGCUCCUUAGAGGAAAUCAAACAGGAUCAGCGGGAGAUUAAGGCAAUGUUGGCCACAUUGAUCCAGCAAAUGCAUGGACAUGUAGGGGGCCAAGAACUUCCUGAAGGAAUCGUCCUUCCAGUGAAAAGAUUGGAAGAUGUUGAGGGCAUAGAACAAAGGCUAUGUGAUAAAGCCACAUUUCGGAUGUUGGUUGACUAUUUAUCCAAUGUUGGGGGGUCCUGUGUGAAACUCAUGACCAAGCGGCUAAUGGCGGGGGUUCUUGACAACCAGUUUGCCAAAGGUUUCAACUGGACCGGGCGUGGAAAGAUGUCUUUUCAGGCGCUGAAGCUGUGUUUGGCCAUUCUCCAAGCUGUCAAGCGAGUGUUUCCAAACACAACUACCAGUGAGACUGAGUUCUUCAUAAAAUAAUGGCUGAGAAAUGCAAGUGAUCGUGAGGGAGGGCGCAAAACCCGCACCAAGCCAUCUACGAUGGCAUCAGCCAUGGCUGAAGAAGAUUCGGAUCAUUAGAUCGGGGCUCGAAUCAUUCUACGUCAUUUUAUGGAUUAAACGGUUACUGCUGUGACCACCCGACAAUCCGGACUGUUAUAAGCUUUUUAUACUUUAUUUAAUAAGUUAUCUAAAGGCAUUUACAAUAACUAGCUUCUUUGCAAAAUGUAAUGGAAUUAACAGAAACUAGGUAUACCUUUGGCAGUGGCAGAGUUAGCCCUGCCCUUUAAGACUCUUUAUAGUUCCAAAUGCAUAGUUUAGAUUUGAUUGUAGAUAAAAAGUGCAUUGUUUUACUAAUUGUGUAUAUGAACUUCAAUUGAUUGCCCUUAAUUCCUGUUUCAUGCAUGUUGUGUGUUAUACUUACAUACAGACGCUUUAUGUUAUAUAUGGUUUUCCAUAUUCCGAUGACAUCAUUUCUUCUGUUUUUCAAUAGUCC